GGAUUGAAAGAUAUUGGCGAAUGCAGUGAAGAAAUGGCGCACCAACUCCAGUUCAUGGUGGCAGUGGCUUGUGAGGUUCGCGCCAAAGUUUAUCAUUCGAAGAAACAACAAGAUGAUAAUCCUAUGGAGGAUUCUGGAUAUGAAGAUCUUACCCCGCGUUUGAUUGAAAUUGUUGGAAAACAAAGCUUGGUUUCUUUCAUAGAAAUAAUGUUAACUCUGCAGCGAUUCCUGGUUUCUUUUUUUAAAACAACACCAAACACGCUGGAAAAAGGACAUCACGAUAUAUGGGGAAAUAAAUUUACACAGCAUCGUGGUGGAGUUAGAAUGCAAACUUUACUUUUUCUCCAUUUAACUGAAGAAUUGGUAAAACAUACCAAAGAAACAAUUUCCUCAACCCCAGCUGAAAUAAUUCCAAUUCAUACGAAUGUUGUUUUAGCUGCAUUUGAAAGCAAGGAAUAUGAUCUGGUUAUCGAAAUAUGUUCAAAGGUUGAUUAUUCUAACUAUACAGUCGAUCAGAACUUUGAGUAUAAAGUUUAUGAGUUGGCAAGCAUUGUAAAUCGAUCAUACAAUGAGGAGACAAAAUAUUUUGAAGGUUCAAGAUCAGUAGUUGAAGCCAAGGUCCAAGAAUUGGAAGAUAUGUUGAAAACUAAUGAACUAAGCAUUUAUUUGGUUUAUACCCUUAAAAUAUACUCUAAUACAUUAAUGUUGCUUAACGAUGGUAAGGUUCCCAACACUUCCAGCAUUCAUGCAGUUUGGAAACAGGUUUUAAACUUGAUGUGUCAUGAUACAAGCGAUACAGUUAAAAUUGAAACACUGUGCGUAUAUGCUGAAUUUUUGAUGAAAAAUGAUCAAUACACAGAAGCAUUUAUACUACUGGAUGAAGCCAAACAAUUGAUGCAACCGUACAAGAAUACAACAACAUAUAUGCACAGGCAUUUGUACCAAGCAUAUGCAUUUUGCUACCAUGAUACUGGCAGAUAUUAUGAGGCAUUCAUAUGUGGGUUGGAAUAUGUGAGAUCUGGAACAAGCGUAACAAACCAAUACCUGAUGACAUUAAACAAAGGAUGAAAAAAUAUUUUAAAGAAUUCAUAUUCCGUCAUCCCAUAAAGUUGUGUGAAUAUGCUGAAACACUGAUAGACAAUGGAAAACCCACAGAAGCAAUGAAACUACUGGACGAAGCCAAACAGAUGAUGCAACCGUACAAGCUUACAACAACAGUGGUGCACGGGCAUUUGUAUUAUGCAUAUGCAUUUUGCUACAAUAAUACUGGCAGAUAUUACGAGGCAUUGAUAUGUUGGUUGGAAUUUACGAGAAUCUGUAAGAAACUUAAGGAACCAAUACCUAAUGU